AGCGGGCACGUGACUGGCGUGACGGCGCGGAGUCUUGGCCUCAACAUGUACAUAAGAUGGUUCUUCCAGUUGUCACAACUCCAGCAGCCUCGGAGGGCAGCCUUCCUGAAGCACAUCCAGGGCAAGCACCGGGGAGCCAGGCACUGGACACAUUCUGGAGGCGGCCCCUACAGAGCGGUGAUUUUUGAUAUGGGUGGAGUUCUCAUUCCUUCUCCAGGGAGAGUGGCUGCAGAAUGGGAGCUACAAAAUGAUAUCCCUCCUGGAACUAUACUGCAGGCCUUUAUCUCAGGUGGUGAAAAGGGGCCCUGGAUGAAAUUUAUGAGGGGAGAGAUAACAACAGAGGAUUUCUUACAGCAAUUCGGGGGACUCUGCUCUGAAAUCUCAAAGACCUCCGUACCUGUGGGCUCCUUUUUCUCCCUGCUGACCAGUGAGCAAGUGGUGAAGCAGUUCCCAGUGAUGACUGAGGCCAUAACUCAAAUUCGGGCAAAAGGCCUUCGGACUGCAGUCUUGAGCGAUAAUUUUUAUCUUCCCAACGGGAAAAGCUUUUUGCCCCUGGACCGGAAACAGUUUGAUGUGGUCGUGGAGUCCUGCCUAGAAGGUGUCUGUAAGCCAGACCCCAGGAUAUACAAGCUGUGCUUGGAGCGGCUUGGCCUGCCGCCUUCUGAGUCCAUCUUUCUUGAUGAUCUUGGACCGAAUCUAAAAGCGGCUGCCAGCUUUGGCAUUCACACCAUAAAGGUUGAUGACCCAGAAACUGCAGUAAAGGAAUUAGAAACCCGUUUGGGUUUUACGUUGAGAAUGGUUGUUCCAAACACUUGCCCCAUGAGAAAGACAAUGGACAUUCCACGAGGUUCCUUGGAGAAGUACCUCAAAGACUUACUGGGGACCCAAAGCACAGGCCCGUUGGAACUCCUUCAGUUUGAUCAUGGGCAGUCAAAUCCAACCUACUACAUCAGGCUAGCUAACCACCAGCUGGUUCUGUGGAAGAAGCCCCCGGGGACACUCCUUCCAUCCUCCCAUGCAGUGGAGAGGGAGUUCAGGAUAAUGAAAGCCCUUGGAAAUGCUGGGGUGCCUGUCCCCAGAGUUCUUGACCUCUGUGAAGACUCAGGGGUCAUCGGUACUCCUUUCUAUCUGAUGGAGUACUGCCCAGGCCUCAUCUACAGAGAUCCCUCUCUGCCAGGCUUGGAGCCCACCCAGAGGCGGGCCAUUUACACUGCCAUGAACAGAGUCUUGUGCAAAAUUCACAGCGUGGACCUCAACGCUACGGGCCUAGAAGACUACGCAAAACACGGGGACUAUAUUUCACAUCAGGUGCAAACCUGGAUUAAGCACUAUCGAGCCUCAGAAACCAGCAGCAUCCCGGCGAUGGAGAGGCUCAUCCAGUGGCUGCCGCGCCAUCUUCCCAGGCAACAGAAGACCACACUGGUGCAUGGGGACUUCAGGCUGGACAACCUGCUGUUCCAUCCAGAAAAGGCCGAGGUGCUUGCCGUCCUUGACUGGGAACUCUCUACCUUAGGCGACCCCCUUGUGGACGUGGCCUCCAGCUGCCUGGCUCACUACUUGCCAUCCAGUUUUCCCGGGUCCCCGCUGCGAGGUUUCAGUGACUGUGAUUUCACUCAGCUGGGAAUCCCUACUGCAGAGGAGUAUUUCAGGAUGUACUGUCUUCACUCGGGGAUCCCUCCUACUGAGAACUGGAACUUCUACAUGGCCUUCUGCUUUUUCCGCAUGGCCGCGAUCCUGCAGGGAGUCUACAAGCGCUCGCUCACAGGGCAAGCAAGCUUUGUGGACACCGAACAAAGUGGAAAACUGCCUGAAUUUAUGUCUAACCUGGCGUGGGAUUUUGCCAUCAAAGAAGGCUUCCGGGUUUUCAAAGAGAUGCCAGCCACAAAACCGUCAAUGAGGUCCUAUCACACUCAGGCUGGUCACAGUCCCUGCCGAGCACCUCAGGCGUGAGCAGUUAUAUCCCCUUUACAGAAUCUUCCCCGGCUCAUGCCUCAAAGGGAACUCUGGUUCUCUCUCCAGAGGGCCUUUCCCCACCAGUCAGGGAGCUGUAUCAGUGACUAAAGCCAUGACAAUGUGUACCCCUCUGAGUCAGAGCUUAUGGAGUCACCAAGCCUCAGCAGAGGGAUGGACCGUUUCCCUGCUGAUUGAAUAUCUCCAUGGAAAGCAGCGUAUUGAGAGUUGGUAAGAUGUCAUUAACAUGGUGGAACCCCAGCUCAUUGACCAGACACGUCUGUUCCCCUCCUAAGCAGUGAAGAGGCAAGAGGGCUGUAAUGAAUUAUCUUUGUUUUUCAUCAUCAUCAGGAAAAGCUAGCUCUAGAUUACUCGGUUUCCACUUCAUUGCUUUCUCUGUGUGACCGUGUCAUGGCCAGAUACCUCAGCCCAGGCACAGGAACACCAGGUCUGUGGUUCAUGCCCCCAGGACAGGCGGGCUUAUUUUGUGCAUAUGUGAAUUAUGUAAAUUUGAAACACGGUGAUAUAAAAUACAUCAGUUAAUAAAGCCUCUUAUUUUUAAAA